ACUCCAAAUCAAACAUAUCUCUACUACGAAAUUUCAAAGAUAUCUCUGAAAACGAACUUCCUUCCCUCCACUGAACAAAAGCAGCAGAUUCUGUAAGGCCGGCCUAUUUACCGGCAGAAUUGCAAUAAUUUCAGUCCGUUCUGCACAGAUUGGAAGUGAAAAAAAGGAGGGGGGAUAAGGAAUUAAGGAUAUCCUAGUCCGAUGGAAAGGAUUAUGGUAGCUGUAAAGGCAUCCAAGGAAAUACCCAAGACGGCUCUUGUUUGGGCCUUGACACAUAUUGUUCAACCAGGAGAUUGCAUUGCACUUCUAGUUAUUGUCCCUUCCCAUAGUUCUGGUAGAAAAUGGGGGUUUCCAAGGUUUGCAGGAGAUUGUGCCCAUGGUCAUCGAAGGGCACACACUGGAACUAGUUCUGAGCAGAAAUCAGACAUAGCAGAUUCCUGCUCCCAAAUGAUCUUUCAGCUUCAGAAUGUAUAUAAACAGAAAAAGAUAAAUGUCAAGAUUAAAAUUGUUUCUGGGUCACCGUGCGGGGCUGUGGCUGCUGAGGCAAAGAGGACUCAAGCGAAUUGGGUCAUUUUCGACAAGCAGCUCAAGCACGAGGAAAAACGUUGCAUGGAAGAGCUGCUAUGCAACAUUGUAGUAAUGAAGCGGUCUCAAGCAAAAGUUCUUCGCCUUAAUUUAGUUGGUUCAUGUAAAAAGGAGAAUGAAGUUUCCAGUUCAAUGCCUCCAGAGAAAUCUCAAUCAAAUAGUCCAGAGAUACUCACUAGUCCAGAGAUAUUCACUGCCACUGAAGGUGGCGGUACCCCCUCAGCUUACAGUUCUGAUCCAGGAGGAACCUCUCCAUUUUUCAACAUGUUACCAGGUAUAGAUGUACAAAGAGGAGCGCUGUUGGAUAUAAGAGAAGACAACCAUGGCAAUGAAUCACGUUGGGAGAGUGAUAGUGAAAACCUGUCUUGCUCCUCAAGAAACGUAAUUGUUCAUCCAUGGAUGUCAAACAACUUUGUCAAACCACAAUUCCAGUCCCCCUAUCACCACCAAGCUCAAAUCUAUGCAACUAAGGGCAUGCUUGAAGAUGGCAGAUUUGCAGCAUCCCCAAGCUUUAGGUCUGACCUGGAUUUCACCGGAAAUUUGAGAGAUGCAAUUUCACUUUCCAGAAGUGCCCCUCUUGGUCCACCUCCCUUGUGUACAAUAUGCCAACACAAGGCACCUGUCUUUGGGAAACCUCCUAAGUGGUUCAGCUAUGCUGAGUUGGAACAUGCAACAGGUGGAUUUUCUCAGACCAACUUUUUGGCCGAGGGAGGGUUUGGAUCUGUUUACAGAGGUGUCCUCAAUGACGGUCAGGUGGUUGCUGUUAAACAACAUAAAUUGGCAAGUUCUCAAGGAGAUCAAGAAUUUUGUUCAGAAGUUGAGGUUCUUAGUUGUGCUCAGCAUCGGAAUGUAGUUAUGUUGAUAGGAUUCUGUAUUGAAGAUAGCAGAAGGAUGUUAGUCUAUGAAUACAUUUGCAACGGAUCUUUAGAUUCCCAUCUUUAUGGAAAUAAUGAAGAACCCUUAUUGUGGUCUGCCCGCCAAAAGGUGGCUGUCGGAGCUGCAAGGGGAUUGCGUUAUCUUCAUGAGGAAUGUAGAGUAGGAUGCAUUGUUCACCGAGACAUGCGGCCCAACAACAUUCUUAUCACCCAUGACUUUGAACCACUGGUUGGAGACUUCGGUCUAGCUAGAUGGCAACCUGAUGGAGAUACAGCAGUCGAAACACGUAUUCUUGGGACAUUUGGGUACUUGGCUCCAGAGUACACUCAAAGCAGCCAGAUCACAGAAAAAGCCGAUGUUUACUCAUUUGGUGUGGUACUUGUUGAGCUUGUCACCGGACGCAGAGCAGUGGAUCUAACCAGGCCCAAAGGCCAGCAGUGCCUCACAGAAUGGGCCCGUCCAUUGUUGGAAGAAUAUGCCGUUGAGGAAUUGAUCGAUCCCAGGCUAGAAAACUGCUAUGUGGAGCAUGAGGUUCAUUGCAUGUUACAUGCUGCAUCGUUGUGCAUACGUCGUGAUCCUCAGGACAGGCCACGCAUGUCUCAGGUACUUCACAUGCUUGAAGGGGACAUCAUCAUGGACUCAGGUCGCAUAUCUACCCCAGGACAGAGCAGAAGGAUAUGGACUGAUGCCUCCCCACAGUAUCAAAGAUACAGCGGCCCUAUGUUAAAUGAAGUGCUGGAGGGUUUUACUCCCAAGCUCUCCUUGGAUAUAUAUACUAAAAUCCCCAAGUGGGAGAAAAAAGAUGAUGAUAUAGCCACAGGUCAGGAAAUUCAAGUUUUCCCAUGAUGUCUCACCAUUCUAGUGAGGCAUCUGCGCUGUGUUUAACAGUUGAAGAGGACAGGUGAUUUCCACCCUUUUCUGUAUACAUGUGCUAUAUAUACUCUACUGCACAUGCAGUAUUCAUGCUUUGUGUGAUUUAGAUGGAGAUAGAAAGUCACUCCAUUUCCUUCUCAUUCCAUGUUCAUUUAUAGUUUGUUGUUGGUGAGGUUUCACACCACCCCCUCUUGUGAAAAUUGUUCAUUCACAUCACAAAGAAGGUUAAGAGGGGGGGACAUCAGGUGUGAAGAAAUUACUCUAUAGUACGUUAUAUGGUUAAUUAGAACAAAACCACUGUCAUGUAUAACAUUUGUACUAUAGUAGACGGCAGAAAAUGUAAAAACGAUCCAUGAUGGAAUGACAUUAAGUUUUGUUCAAAAUGUAAUAUUUCGUAGUCUAAGUUAAUAGGACUCUAUUUUUCUGAAGGUAAUAGAGUACUUUAAAAAAACAAUUUUUUGAUAAAAUACCACUUCUGGUCAUGUCUCAUGUGUAGAAUGCAAGACUGUCUCACAACAUGAGAUGUUAAAGGCGGAAAGAUAUGUGAGAUUAUGUUAAGUAAGACUAUCAUUUUGUACCCGUUUGUAAGACUGUCUCACAACCCGUUUGUACGAAGUGUACUGAUACACAGAUUAAUUUCCUUGCUCACACAAGUGAAGAGAUUAAAUGUUUGCGUACAAGUUGGUGUUGGUUUGCUAAUAGAAUACCCCUAAAAUGUCAGAACGAAGCUAAAUUUUUGUUCAAAUACAUUUUAAAAUUAUGGUUUGGUGAAUACGUCUUUUUUUAAAAGAACAUUAAGGACGUCCGACAACCGUUCUUGUUAUAAUGGAAGUCUUGUUGGGGAACAGUUGUUCAACGUCAUAAAAGCCAUCAAAUUGAUAUCUUUAUUAUUGAAAAUUUCAAACUUUCUUUUACGAUUUACUCUUCGCUAACAGAUUCAAUAGUAGUAAAUCUUGACAAGUAAAAUUUAGAAAAAUUACACUCAAAUUGAAGCUGGUAAAAUAUUAAAUUUGAAAGAUUUUGAAAAAUUAGACUCUGAAUAUCCUCCCAUUUUUACUCUCAAAGAUGGAGGUGAUGUUCAAGUAUGGAACAUUGAAAUCAUAAAAUGAGCAUUUUUGCAUUCAGAGUAUUAUUGAAUCAAAAUGAGGAAAUGUUAAAGAAAAAAGUAUAAAAAUACUCAAAUGUAGAACUACAACAGGAUUAUCUUGUAAUUUGCCAGCAACAGUACCACACUAAGAGAGCAUCUUAUGCCCUCUGCUUCUAUUGUUGAAGUAUCCAUGUUUUGAUUUAAGCAUUCAGCCAAUAACUUCAUAACAUUCCCUUCUGUGAAAAUAUAUAGAAACCGAAAUGGAGCUUUAAGAAGAUGAAGAUGAUUUUAGUUUUUAGAGCUUAUUUUUUCUUCCAAAAACUAAAGCAACAGAUCUACAUUUACAACAAAAGCCAUAAAUAUGAUAACAAUUUAAAAAUAACAAGCAAAUAAUUGCGCAACAAAAAUACAUAAACACAUACAGUACAUUAAGCCAAUGGAGCAGCCGGAGGAUGGCUGGCCAAUAGACCGCCGGAUUCCUCAUCCAAGUACAAAUCGUCGGUCUUCCUGAGAGCGCCAUGAGCAACAACGACCAGUGCUCCGAUUAUCAGAGAUACGACAAUAUUCCAGGUGGCGUUGGUAAAGAAGAGCAGAAAUAUCGUGAGUACGGACAUAACAAUCAGCACCACACGAUCGGUAAUCUCGCGGUGGAAGAUCACUAAAGGCUCGUCGCGGAGGAAGUAGAGGAAUAGCCACGCAGCCAUUAGGGCGAUGAAAACGAUGAGCGAGAUCGGAUGCCAUAGGAGGCUGAGGAAGAGAAUCAGGAGGACGACGAGGGCGUAGUUCAUCCGGAAGUAGCUGAUGUUGAUUUUGAAUCGAGCCACCGCGUCGUGGAAGUUGGAGGGGAGGCGGACGGAGUGAAUGUCGAACAUCUCCCGCCAUGGCCGCCGCGUGGCUAGCCCCUCCUUUAUCGUGUCCUUCGCGCGGGAGAUGUACUCCACGGUGGCACCGCCAGCGGAGGACGUCGGGAUUGUGCCGUAGGUCGUCAUUUCCCGGCGGAAUUGGAUCAAUCGGGAAAAUCAAAUCAAGUCCGUGCGAUGCGAUGCACAGAAUAAUAAAUGACGCGGGUUAUCUAUAUAUCGCGGACUGGCGGAUUGGUUAGAUUGAGCGGGCCCCACACCACUCUGGUGAUUCGCUGUAUGAGAGAUUAGCGGCUGGGAUUGAUGGGGGUUCACGGCAAGGAACAUGAGUCCGAGCCACUGCAGAGCAUGAAAGGGC